AAUGAAUUGAUCAAUCUGAAUAAAGUAAUAUGACGGAAUCCGACGAAUGGGCGACGGUGGAAACGGUAGUGGAAGACGACAUGGAUAGCACGUUUGAAAGCAGUCGGGGACCAAGUGGCAUCCAACAGAGUAUUUUUGAGCAAACUCUUUCCGUCCUCACUAGUAUCAAUCCAUGGCUACUUCUCUUUAUUGCACUUGGUGUCUACUACCUUGUGCAGAAGUUUCGUUCUUCCCAGGUUACCAGCUCAGCCGAGUACUCAAAUCUUAGUGCAGAUGAGAUCCUUGCAAGGCAAGAGGCUGUGGAAUUAGCUAGAAGGCAAAUGCAAGAAGAGUAUGACAAAAAAGCCAGAGAACACGCCAUAAAGCAAAAAGAGAAAGAAGAACUUUUGCGCCAAGAAAAGUUAAAGAACCUGGAGAAGUAUGGCACAAAGUUAGGUAGAAGCAGUAAAACUCUUGCAGCAGAAUCCAGUAAUGACCAACUUCAACAGGGUGUGUUAAAAAAGAAAUCUGACAAAUCAAAGUUGAAGCCAGAGUACAAUCCGUUAAUGGGGGAUGGAAGCAGUGGCGUAUGCUACCGUCCGACUAGGCGUGGAGGAGGAGCUGGAGGCGGAUGAGGUUAAAAUUCGAAGUGGAUAUGUGCUGCGGGUAUAGAACUUUUGCCGCAAUAGUGUGAUCGCUCUCUGGCUUAUCGUCGUCUUUCCAUUGGUGGAACGAUGCCGUCACUAGUAGAGUUUUCCCAUCGUUGCUUAGAUAGUGUUGCCUGCGUAAACAGCUCCUCUUCAUUGAAGUAACCCUUUCUUUUCGGUAAUAUGCUACAAACGCGAUGCAAUUUUUUGUUGUUGCAAUAUUCGCUUGAACGAUGAAACCUUUGGCGUAAAUGACUUGCUUUGUCAUGGUUGAGGGUGGAUGUAAUAGCAUUGCCUUACCGUUUGAUAGGCCAAAUAAAUUAAUCAAACAACACAA